AUGUCUCCCGCUAUAAUUAGCGAAAAGUGGUGGAAAAAUUCCAUCAUCUACCAAAUCUACCCCGCCAGCUUCAAAGAUUCCAAUGGCGAUGGUAUUGGCGACAUCCCAGGGAUUAUCUCGUCCCUCGAUUACAUCACAAGCCUUGGUGUAGAUGUGGUUUGGCUGUGCCCCAUGUACGACAGCCCGCAGAUUGACAUGGGUUAUGAUGUUGCCGACUACCAAAGCGUCUAUGGCCCAUACGGUACUGUUCAGGACAUGGAGACCCUCAUCGAUGCAUGCCAUAAGCGAGGACUUCGAAUCAUUCUGGAUCUGGUGGUGAAUCACACUUCGGACCAACACAAAUGGUUCAAAGAGUCCCGCUCUUCAAAGACAAACCCUAAGCGUGACUGGUACAUCUGGAAGCCAGCGAAAUACGACGCUAAUGGGAAUCGUCAGCCGCCAAACAACUGGCGCAGUAUUUUCGGGGGCAGUGCGUGGGAGUGGGAUGAGCCAACACAAGAAUAUUAUCUCCAUCUCUUCUGUGUUGAACAGCCCGAUGUCAAUUGGGAGAAUCUCGAGACUCGUCAGGCAGUCUACGAGGAGGCGAUGGAAUUCUGGCUGCAGAAGGGCGUGGAUGGUUUCCGCGUCGAUACGGUUAACAUGUACAGCAAGCACCCCGAGUAUCCCAAUGCUCCAAUCCUUGAUCCAAAGUCUGACACACAACCUGCUUUCUCACUUUUCUGCAACGGUCCUCGCAUUCACGAGUACAUGCGCGAGAUGAACGACGUGCUUUCCAAAUACGAUGCAAUGACCGUUGGCGAACUGCCAAACACACAUACCGUGGAGGGUGUUCUCCGCUAUGUCUCGGCAGCAGAGAAGCAGCUGAGCAUGGUCUUCCAAUUCGACAUCGUGGAACUCGGCCAUGGCAAGGACUAUAAGUUCCUGACCACUUUGCCGGGCUGGAACCUACGAGAACUGAAGAGUGCCGUGCAGAGUACACAAGAUAUUAUCAAGGGCACCGAUGCAUGGACCACAGUAUUCAUGGAAAACCACGAUCAGGGCCGCUCUGUGAGUCGGUUUGGCUCUGACAAGACACCUGAGUUGAGGGUUCGGUCUGCGAAGAUGCUUGCCAUGAUGCAGAGCACACUUUCCGGCACGCAGUUUAUCUACCAGGGUCAGGAAAUUGGAAUGGUGAAUGCGCCCCGGGAGUGGACGAUUGACGAAUACAAAGACGUCGAUAGCACCAACUACUAUCGAAUGGCAAGCAAAGUGUCUGGCGACGACCCGGCCGCGUUGAGCGUGGUCAUGGACUCGCUGCAGCAUCUGGCGAGAGAUCAUUCCAGACUCCCCAUGCAAUGGAGUGCUGAGGCCAAUGCGGGCUUCUCACCAGCCUCAUCGGCGAAGCCGUGGAUGCGCCCGAAUGACAAUUACCCCGAGAUCAAUGUGGAGCUCCAGGAGAAAGACUCAUCUUCUGUUCUUUCUUUCUGGAAAUACAUGAAUGCGCUGCGCAAGGAGUAUGCCGAUCUUCUGGUCUUUGGAGAGUUUGAGGUCAUCGACGAGCCAAAUCAAAGUGUCUUCACCUAUACCAAGACAAAAAACGACCAGACCGUUUUGGUGGUUCUCAACUUCUCGGAUACAACACAGAAGUUUGAGAAACCGGCUUCUGUGAAGAGUGAAGACUGGAAAUUGUUGGCUAGCAAUGUAGAUGGGCACAAGGAGGACUUACAGGCGUUUGAGGGUAGAGUGUUUUUGGUUUAG